UCGACUAAGCGUGUGUUUACAUGCAUAAACAGAGCAGGCAAUUGAGUUCUUCGAAUCAGCAGUGGCAUUGAUGGAUCGAUCGAUCGGGCAUGCACGGUGAGUUGACAAGUAAAGCAACCGAGAAAGAAUUGAUGAUUUCAAUUUUGCGUAAGCAACAAGGAGCAGAAAUCAAACUUUCAAAAGAUCGAUCGAGGAGGAAAGGGUAGAGCACCGAGGAGUUCUGACAAGAUCACACGACGAUCGCUCCAGCAAUGCAAUGAAGAGAGAGGGGGGAGGGAGGGCUUGGGGUCCCUCCUCCACUCCCGCUCCUGUCCCAAAGGAACUGGCGGGUGCAGUUCCUGGAGUGGAUGGGGAGCAGCUGAAGGAAAGCAACGGGGAGGAGGGCGUGGAAGAAGAGGGUUACAGCUGUGGUGGAGGUAAAAGCAGCAGCGAAAUUGAGAUCAUACGCGUAGGCGAUCGAUCGAUGCAAAUCUCUGGGGGAAUAAUAAAUGUCAGCAGCAGCAGCAGUAUGCAGCUAGCGUUAAUUAUUGAGGGGCUGGACCAGUGUGCAGGGCGUGAGAGGGGCGAAGUGUAACCCUGUCGGUUGUUCCCAAUUCCCCUUCCCUUCUUUCUCUCUCUCUUUCUCGUCUCGUCUCGCUCUUGAGUCGUGAUUUGACGAGCAGGGGAGAAGCACCAGCCUUUCUCCACGCCUUUCCCCUUUUCUCGAACAGAAUGGGAGUUGGGAGACCAUGGACAACGCAUCCCACGCCACGCCCACUGCUACUCCUUCCUUUCCUCUUGUUGUUGUUGUUGCUCUCUCUGUAGCUCUUCUUUUGGUGCCUGAGAGGUUCCAGUCGCUGCCGCUUUUAGUGUUUGCAUUUGCUCGUGGGAAGUGAUAUCGAUCGAAGUUCGGCGAGUUUGAUGGAGUUUAGGCAUAAUAAUCCGAAUGAGAUUGGGAUCGGUUCCUCUUCUUCUACCGCUUACAAUUCUUCUUUGGUUAGAGGAGGAUCCGCCUUCUCUAAACCGACUCUUUCUUCCUCUUCGUCUCUUGUUUCACCGAGAGCAGUAGCGGGAGGCGGCGGCGGCGGAGGGUUGAGAAAUGGACACGUCUUUGGUCAUGGUCAGACGCCGCCGCCGCCGUCUACUCUUGAGAUGGCUCCCGCCGUCAUCGAUCGCGCGCCGCAGUCUGUCGCGAAGAAUACGGAUCAAUCUUCCGUCUCUAACUCGCCUCCUCCGGUGGGGGAGACUGGUGUGGCUGCGUCGGCGAGCGCGAAGGCGAAGACUUCGGCUGAAGCGGAUGUGUCGGGGAAGUACAAGGAGUGCCUCCGUAACCACGCGGCUGCGCUCGGCGGCCACGUCCUCGACGGCUGCGGCGAGUUCAUGCCCGGCGGUGAGCCCGAGACGGCGGACGCGCUCCGGUGCGCUGCCUGCGGCUGCCACCGUAGCUUCCACCGGCGGGAACAGGACGGCGGCGGAGGGAGCUCGUUCUUCCAUUGCGCGACGCGACUGCCUCUCUUGCUCCCGCCUCCCCAGGCUCACUCGCACCACCAGAAGCAGUUCCAGUUCGGCAGGUUCCCAGCCAACCCCUCCCCGGCGGCCGGCAUGCCUGGCUUCGUUCACUUCGGCGGCGGCGGCGGAAACAACCCCAGUGGGAGCGGCGGCACCACCACCGAGUCGUCGAGCGAGGAAAGGAUUCGCACCGGGACCCCGACGCCCCCCGCCGCCGCCAUGCCGAGGAAGCGGUUCCGGACCAAGUUCUCGACGGAGCAGAAGGAGAAGAUGCUGGCUUUCGCGGAGCGAAUCGGGUGGCGAAUCCAGCGGCAAGACGACACCAUGGUGCAGCAAUUCUGCGCAGAGAUCGGAGUGAGGAGACAAGUCUUGAAGGUGUGGAUGCACAACAACAAGCACGCAACGGUGAGAAAGCAGCAGCGACCGCCUACUCCGCCGCCGCCGCCGCCGCUAUCUCCUCCACCGCCGAAGCAGGAACAACAACCCAUGGUGCAACAGAGCAACCAUCAUCCGCAGCACCUCCAGUAGUCUCUAAACUUGCUCGGCGAUGUUCAAAAUCUUGGCUCCCUCCUCUCAUUAUUCAUCUAAUUGCUGCUUCCCUUUUUAUGCUA